AUGUUCGCCAUUGCCAUCGGCGGCAACGACAUAAUCGAUCGCGUCUUGUUAGACCCCGCCGGCCCGCUGAAUUCGACGCAGUUCAUCGAUCUAAUGGCGCAGUCCUUGAAACGCCAACUGCAGAGGAUGUACGCUCUGGGGAUGCGCAGGUUGUUCUUCGUCGGCGCGGCGCCGCUCGGAUGCAUCCCGUUGCUGCGGGAGCGGGAGCGGAGCCUCCACAAUAGCAAGGGAUGCAACGCAGAGGCAAACUCUCUGUCAGUUGAGCACAACACGGCCGUCGCCUCCCUCCUGCGCGACCUGAGCGCACGACACUCGGAUUUUCAGUAUUCCUUCUUCAACACAUCCACUGCGUUGCUGCUGUACAUCCAGGAACUUGAAGCAAAUGGAUCUGCUGAAGUGAAAGCCGCCUGCUGUGGUCUAGGGAGUGACAACGCCAUGUUCGGUUGCACCCCGUUGAGCUCGCUCUGCCCCAACAGGAGCAACCACGUCUUCUGGGACUUCGUCCAUCCCACGGAGCUCACUGCACAGAAGCUCACCAGGGUUGCCUUCGACGGGUCCCCGCCGUUGGUUUCUCCAGUGAAUUUGAGGCAGCUCUGCGCCCCGUAG